UGCCAGUUUAUAGAAAAUUUUCAUCGUAUAUUCAUUAAGGUAAGAAUUCAUGGAUUGUUAAUGUUACUGUUGGUCACAUUUUUAACAAAUUGUGGGACUUUUCUCUUAAAAUAAAUCUUCAGAGGUUUCAGAGGCUUUUCUACCCUGACGGGGUGUUUUAUUCAUGGAGAAGAAAAAAAUCUGCAGGCUCAUGUAUUUCUCUGUUGAGGCUGAGCUGUCAAUAUCUUUAUAAUCCGCUGUCCAUCCACUCUGACACAUGUUCUGUAUAUUAAUCUGAUACUCACGAUGCUUAGCCGCAUGUUAACCACUCUGACUCUCCAUCCUCUUUACUAGGAGUCAUGCAGCCACACCUCUGCUGCUACAGAUGUUCUCCUAAGUCACUGCUGGAGUAAUGGAUGGAUGGAGAGACCAGAGAGUUCAUACCUGCCAAGAGCUGGAGACUGCUGCUUGCUGCGAGGGGGAAGCCAGAGAGAAUGUUCUCGUCUUCAUCCAGAAACUCUCUGUUCUCGCCCUGGUCGUCCAUGGAGCAGUCGGACUCUGAAGCAUUGGACAUCAGCACCAAAGUGCAGCUGCACGGGGUCCUGUGGAAGAGGCCCUUCGGACGGCCAUCGGCGAAGUGGUCCCGCAGAUUCUUCAUCAUCAAAGACAGCUUCUUGCUCUACUAUGCAGAGAGCGAGAAGAGAAACUUUGAGACCAACAGGUACUUCAACAUCCACCCUAAGGGAGUCAUUCCUCUGGGAGGAUGUGUGGUGUCAGCUAAUGAAAACAUGGGCAUGCCCUUUGCCAUCGUGGUCAACCUGGAAGACUUUACUGGUACCAUAGUCCUGGCUGCUGAGUCUGAGGAGGAGCAGGUUCAGUGGACUGAGAUGCUCCAGGAGUCAGGGAAAGUCACAUGGAAGAACUCCCAACUGGGGGAGGCCAUGAUUGAGAGUCUGGAGGCUCAGGGGCUGCAGCUGGCCAAGGAGAAGCAGGAGUAUCUGGAUAAAUUGAUGGAAGAGACUGAGGAGCUGAGUCAUCAAAGAGCACAGAGAGAGGAGCUGGAGCGUCUGAACCAGGUUCUGGAGGAGGAGAAAAUGAAGUUUGAGGAGGUGGUGCUGGAGCUGAAGGCAGAGCAGGAGCAUAUCAAACUAGACCUGGACGGUACAGCUCAGUCCCUGAAAGGUGUUGAGAGUGAAAAAGAAGAGCUGAGCAGUUUAACCAUCAUGCUGCAGAAAUCCAUUGAGGAGCUCUCUCAGGAGAAACAGCGAACUCUGGAGCUGCUGGGGGUGAAGGAGCCAGAGGAGAAGGAGGCGGAAACGGCAGGGGAGAGCUCAGCCUGCAGGAAGUCCGAGGACGGGGAGGGUCCCGGAGACCUGGACCUGCUGCAGGACCUGCGACACAUCGAGGAGCAAAUGAAGAUCCUUCUAAAGGAGAAGGAGCAGGCUGAUGACAAGCUCAGGGAGAAAGAGCAGCGGGCUAAAGUCCUGCAGCAGGAGAGGGAGUACUACUCGUCUCAGGCUCGGACGCUGCAGCAGUCGCUCUCUCAGCUCACUGUGGACAAGCAGCAGACUGAGGCCGAGCUCAAGGCGGAGAUAGAGUCCCGGGUGGAGCUGGAGAAGAGACUGAAGCAGGCUGAAGAGGCUCUGCAGGACCUGGAGAAAGGCCUGGAGUCACUGGACCGGACCAAAGAGAGAGACGAGAAGAUGAAGGGGGAUGUGACUCAGCUGAGGAGAUUCUUUGAGGAGUGUAUCUGUGCAGCGGAGAUUGAGGCGAAGCUUCCAGCGAUAAUGAAGAACGCUGUGUAUCUGCACAAAGCUGCUGCACGCAGAAUCAAGAGCUGCCGAAUCCAGAGGAGAGCCUCCAGACGCCACUGGUUAAAACACUCCAAGUCUUUUGCUGUAGCCAACGCUGACGACGGCAGCAUGGAGGAGCUGCGGGAGACGGCACGCCGACUGACCUCCGACAGCAGCUUCAGAGAGAGCGUGUACAAGAUCAUUGCUCGCAAGGACACCACAAACAAAACAGAGGACUGAGAGGACAGCGAGCGAGGUAAAAGAGGAGAAAUGGUCCUUAGCUUUACCUCAGUCCACACACCGAGUGCUGUAGAGAUCCUGAUCCCAAACCCACCAUUAAAAUACAAAUCUGUUUGAUGGCAUCUCUGGUUGCAAUCUUACGUUUUUAAAACUGUACUGAGAGCAAUCAAAAUUAAGUUUAACAGAAAGACUAAAUCCAUUAAAAAAUCUAUUUUAUUUAUAUAUAUAUGCACUGGUUUAUAGCCCUUUUUGACCAAACAGUUCCAGGAACCACAAAAAGUAAACUCAGGAACUGAAAGUACCUUUUACGCAUUAAUGUUUGUUUCCAUCGCAUCUGAAAAAACCUGAAGAUUAGGCAAAUUAGAAUGAUUAAAGGAUUAAAAAACUAUGAUGGCGAUUGAAAUGCAAUUUUCAUACUCUUUCUUUCUUUGUAUUUACUGUUGCGUGACUCUGAUGUUCAAGUUGGAUGUAAAGAAUGAAGGAAAAGGAGAUGUGUAGAGGCGAAAAAGGAAACUGAAAAGUUUGGAGCACCUCUCUCCAAAGUAGACAAUCUGCUGAGUUUUAUAGUUUAGAACGUUAUCGUGAUGAAACUACUAGUAAAUAAAGUUUUAUUUCUCUCAUUCACUUACUUGGUAACACUUUAUCUGUAUUUGGACUAUUCAAAUAGUUUAUAGUCUUUGUAACAUUUCAACUGUUUCGCUUUGUCUGUAGAUGUUUAACAGAUUAUCAAUAGAGUAUAUGUGACAAAUCAUGAACAUACGCUUACCAAGAUGUUUUUUGUGCCCAAACCUAGAAAACGGUUACAUUUGUCAAACAGUUGAAUCUCAACUAAUAAGCUGUUGAAAUGUUACAAAUACUCUUUAAACUAUCUGUAGGCGGAAUAUCCAAAUAAAGUGUAACCACUUUGUUCUUAUUGCAAGCUGACAACAGAAAUUCUUGCCCUUUUCGAACAAAAAGUUCCCAAUGUGAUUUGUGUUUCCAUCGCGUCUGAAAAACCCUGAAGAUUAGCCAAAUUAGAACAAUUAACAAGUAGCGUUUUGAAACGCAAAAGGAAACAACGCAGUCAUCCUGUUGUUCUGUUCUGUAUUUACUGUUCUGUGACUUAAAUGUUUGAGUUAAUGUAAUGAAUAAAUGAAAAGGAGACUGAAACUCCAGAACGCCUGUCUCCAAAGCAGACAAUCUAAUGAUACAAUCCGCAAAUCUAAUUUUAUUUUUCCUCGUUCACUCGCUAGCUCUUCUCAACUGCCACGCCCCCUCUCUUUAUCUCACUCCUUUUUUUUUUUUUAAACUAGUUGGGAAACAGACAACAACAAAGCCUCACUUUGUUUUUACCAUUAAAAAGAAAUGCUAACAUCUUGUCCUAAUGUAGAUACAAGAACGUACUACUCUCAGAGCAGGGACUUUUUUGAAGAUGAACUAAAUUUAGUUCCUGAAUUUAGGAACUUAUAGGGCAUUUCCAUCAAAGAGUCAUUAUGAUAAGUUAAAACUACAUGUAUGUUAAGAACAGCUGUUCUCUCAGUAAGGUAUACUAUUGUACUACAGUAGUGUCCUAAUCGAGUAUUUGACUAAAACGUUUGGGACUCUAGACUCCACCUGAUAAUGUCAAGUAACAUUACGGCAUCUUACGAAACACUUAACAUGUCAUAAAUCAAUCAGUCGGCAGUGUGCGACUGUAGCCUUGUACCUUGAGUUUCUAGUGUUUUCACCAUUCUCUAAAACAACUACUACUAUAAUAGAUUUACAGUAUACAGAACAUAUUUAGCAGAUAGCACAGCCAAUGCAAAUCCAUCUUGUAAAAUGUUUGUUUUUAUUAUUCUGGUUUUGAUUGUAUGCACAGAUUGUGUCCUUUAACAGAGGUUUUAUGGCAACACAGAUGUGUCUGAUAUCGAACCUUGACCAUUUCAUUAUUGCUACAUAUGAAAAUCUGUCCUUGACCAAGCAACUCAAUGUAAUUCACUGACGCAAGCAUUUUAUGAUAAUGUACAAAUGAUAACUUACCAGAAAUGAUACAGAAAAGAAGCCCACAUGUCAGGGUAAGGUAAGAGGGGACAUAAUGUACUUAACAACAUGCCUUGAUGCUAAUAAAGCUGUGUUUGAACCUUG